AUGGCAGAGGAACAACAACAGCCACCACCACAGCAGCCUGAUGCCCAUCAGCAGCUUCCCCCCAGCGCCCCCAACUCGGGGGUGGCUCUGCCAGCCCUUGUGCCUGGGCUGCCAGGGACAGAGGCCAGCGCGCUGCAACACAAGAUCAAGAACUCCAUCUGCAAAACUGUACAAUCUAAAGUGGACUGCAUUUUGAAAGAAGUUGAGAAUUUUACAGACCUAGAGAAACUCUACCUCUACCUUCAGCUGCCUUCUGGUCUCAGCAAUGGAGAGAAAAGUGAUCAGAAUGCCGUGUCAUCUAGUCGGGCACAGCAAAUGCAUGCCUCUUUGAUUCGAAAUACCCUAGAAGAACAUCCUGAGACUUCAUUGCCCAAACAGGAAGUCUAUGAUGAGUACAAGAGCUAUUGUGACAAUCUUGGUUACCAUCCAUUAAGUGCUGCUGACUUUGGAAAGAUCAUGAAAAAUGUCUUUCCAAACAUGAAGGCACGUCGUCUGGGCACAAGAGGCAAAUCUAAAUAUUGCUACAGUGGACUAAGGAAAAAAACCUUUGUUCACAUGCCAACACUGCCCAAUCUUGAUUUUCACAAAACUGGAGAUGGGUUGGAAGGAACUGAACCUUCUGGGCAGCUUCAAAAUAUUGAUGAGGAAGUUAUCUCUUCUGCUUGCCGUCUUGUGUGUGAAUGGGCCCAGAAAGUGUUAAGCCAGCCAUUCGACACGGUCUUGGAGUUAGCACGCUUCCUUGUAAAAAGUCAUUAUAUAGGCACCAAGUCGAUGGCAGCUCUAACGGUAAUGGCAGCAGCACCACCAGGAAUUAAAGGAAUUACCCAGCCGUCUGCUUUUAUACCUACAGCUGAGAGUAAUUCUUUUCAGCCUCAAGUGAAGACUUUGCCUUCUCCUAGUGAUGCUAAACAGCAAUUGCAACGGAAAAUUCAGAAGCAGCAGCAAGAACAGAAACUACAGUCCCCUUUGCCAGGAGAAUCCUCAGGCAAAAAAGCAGAAGGUGCUACAACCAAUGGAGUGACUAAUCUUUCUAAUGGAAAUCCUGCAAUCCUUUCUCCUCAGCCUAUUGGUAUCGUUGUGGCAGCUGUCCCUAGUCCCAUUCCGGUCCAGAGGACCAGGCAGUUGGUAACUUCACCAAGUCCAAUGAGUUCUUCUGACGGCAAAGUUCUUCCCCUCAAUGUACAAGUGGUCACUCAGCGCAUGCAGUCUGUGAAACAGGCACCAAAGACUCCUCAGAACGUUCCAGCCAGUCCUGGUGGGGAUCGUUCUGCCCGGCACCGCUACCCUCAGAUCUUACCCAAACCAGCCAACACCAGUGCACUCACCAUUCACUCCCCAACUACUGUCCUCUUUACUAGCAGUCCCAUCAAAACCGCUGUUGUACCCACUUCACACAUGAGUUCUCUAAAUGUGGUGAAAAUGACAGCAAUAUCCCUCACGCCCAGCAACAGUAGUGCCCCUCUUAAACAUUCUGCCUCAGUGAACAGUGCUACAGGAACAACAGAAGAAUCAAGGACCAUUCCACAGAUCAAGAAUGGUUCUGUUGUUUCACUUCAGUCUCCUGGAUCCAGGACCAGCAGCACCGGGGGAGCAUCUGCCGUGGAAGUCAAAAUGGAACCUGAAACAUCAUCAGAUGAGCAUCCUGUAUAGUGCCAAGAGAAUUCUGAUGGGACUAAAGCUCCCAAAACAACACCUAGUGCCCUUUUGGGGCAGAAAAGUAAUACGGAUGGAGUAGUGCAAAAACCUUCAAAUGAAGGUGUCACUGAAGCAAAAGCAACCAAGGUCUGUGACCAGAGGACCAAAUGUAAAAGCCGCUGUACUGAAACUCUGCCAGGCGCUUCGACAGGCAAUAAUCCAAGCACUGUCACCCUCUCAGUUGCCACUCAGAACUUAACUUUCACCAGCACCAGCUCACCAGCUAAUGGUGACUCAAUAAAUAGAGACCCUAAAUUAUGCAUUAAAAGUCCAAGAAAGCCACUGUCUUCUGCAUUGCAAGAGUCCCAGGUGCCUCCCAUAAAGAAACCAAUUGUGGAACAGCUUUCUGCAGUUAUCCUAGAAGGUCAGAAACCAGGCAGUGUUGAGAAGGACCAAAAGGUUCCACAUUCAGGGAAAAUAGAAAGUUCAACAGCCAGUGCUCAGAUUCCUAGCAAGGUCUCAAUGAAUGUCAAUUCGCACAUAGUGGCAAAUCGACUCUUGAGUUCUUCUGCUCUCAUUGCCGGUGAUUCAGCUUCAGAACAGCAAACACCAUCAUCAUCUCCAGAUAUAAAAGUAAAACUUGAAGGGAAUGUCUUUCUUUUGGACAGUGAUUCAAAACCAGAUAGCAGCUUUAAUUCAAAUGAAUGGCAGCAGGUCAGUAAGGAUUCUGAGUUUAUAUCUGCCGGCUGUGAACAACAGCCAGAUAUCAGUGUUAUGACAGUUCCUGAGCACUCUGAUAUCAAUGACUUAGAGAAAUCUGUUUGGGAAUUGAAAGGAAUGCCACAGGACACUUAUAUCCAGCAGCUGCAUAGCCAGAUACAAGAAUCUUCUUUGAAUCAAAUACAAGCACAGUCUUCAGAUCAGUUACCUCUAAAGUCUGAACUGAAAGAGUUUGAGCCUUCUGUUUCCCAAACAAAUGAAAGCUACUUUCCUUUUGAUGAUGAGCUUACACAAGAUAGUAUUGGGGAAGAGCUGGUGCUUAUGGAGCAGCAAAUAUCAAUGAACAAUUCUCAUUCUUACAGUAACUGUUUGGGAAUGACGCUUCAGAGUCAGUCAGUAACUCCAGGAGCUCCAAUGUCAUCUCAUGCCUCCAGUACCCACUUCUAUCAUCCAAUCCACAGCAAUGGCACUCCGAUCCACACACCCACACCCACUCCUACCCCAACCCCAACUCCAACAUCAGAAAUGAUUGCUGGGUCUCAGAGUCUGUCACGGGAGAGCCCUUGCUCCAGGCUAGCCCAGACCACACCUGUGGAUAGUGCUUUAGGAAGUAGCCGACACACACCCAUUGGUACUCCACAUUCUAACUGCAGCAGUAGUGUCCCUCCCAGCCCUGUUGAAUGCAGGAAUCCAUUUGCAUUUGCCCCAAUAAGCUCCAGUAUGGCGUAUCAUGAUGCCAGCAUUAUCUCAAGUAGUCCUGUGAAACCGAUGCAAAGACCCAUGGCCACACACCCUGACAAAACCAAGCUUGAAUGGAUGAAUAAUGGGUAUAGUGGGGUUAGUAAUUCAUCAGUUUCUGGCCAUGGCAUUCUCCCAAGCUAUCAGGAACUAGUGGAAGACCGUUUCAGGAAACCUCAUGCUUUUGCUGUGCCUGGACAGUCUUACCAGUCUCAAUCCAGACAUCAUGACACUCAUUUCGGUCGCUUGACUCCUGUCUCUCCUGUGCAGCAUCAAGGUGCCACUGUAAAUAACACCAACAAACAGGAGGGUUUUGCAGUCCCUGCCCCUCUUGAUAAUAAAGGGACUAAUUCAUCUGCCAGCAGCAACUUCAGAUGCCAGAGUGUGAGCCCUGCUGUUCAUCGCCAACGUAAUCUUAGUGGAAGCACCCUGUACCCUGUAUCUAAUAUCCCCCGAUCUAAUGUACCCUUUGGAAGUCCAGUAACCCCAGAGGCUCACGUUUUCACAAAUGUUCACACAGAUGCGUGUGCCAACAACAUAGCUCAAAGAAGUCAAUCAGUUCCAUUGACGGUCAUGAUGCAGACAGCCUUCCCGAAUGCUCUUCAGAAGCAAACAAACAGUAAAAAAAUAACCAGUGUCUUGUUGAGUAAACUUGAUUCUGACAAUGAUGACUCAGUGAGAGGUUUGGGCGUGAACAACCUGCCCUCCAAUUACACAGCCCGGAUGAAUCUCACUCAGAUUUUGGAGACUUCCACUGUUUUUCCUAGUGCCAAUCCGCAGAAUAUGAUCGAUUCCAGCACUUCUGUUCGUGAAUUCCAAACACCACCUUACCUCACUAAAAGUCAUAGCACCGAUCAGAUCAGCUUUUCUCCUGGAGAUAAUCAAGCACAAUGAGAAAUCGGAGAGCAACAGUUAGAUUUCAGUAGCACUGUUAAAGACCUGCUGAGUGGAGACAGCUUGCAAACCAACCAGCAGCUGGUAGGUCAGGUAGCGUCUGACCUCACUAAUCCUGCGUCUGAUUUCUCGAGUGACAUCAGGCUGUCUUCUGAGCUCUCAGACAGCAUCAAUGAUUUGAACACUUUAGACCCAAACCUACUGUUUGAUCCAGGUCAUCAGCAGGGACAAGAUGAUGAAGCUACACUGGAAGAAUUAAAGAAUGACCCAUUAUUUCAACAAAUUUGCAGUGAAUCCAUGAGCUCUAUGACUUCAGGUUUUGAGUGGCUAGAAAGCAAGGACCAUCCUACUGUUGAAAUGUUGGGUUAA